CCCCAUCCCCCACCGUAUAAUUCUUUAAACCUUCCCCUUUCCCGAAUUCUGCUUUCCGCCUGAGCAGACAAAAACAAACCCUCCGUCAUCGCCAUCGCCAUCGCCAUCGCCAUGGGCGCCGCUCCCAAGGCCUGCCGGCGGGGCUUCUCCCGCGAGAGGUAAAAUCCUACGCCCUCUCCCGGAACGGGCUUCUGGAAGUGUUCUUGGAGGGGCCCUGUCUGACCAAAUACGAGAACAGAGUGAUGUUCGAGAGCGUGGUCAGGGCCAAUCUCAGCUAUGGCAGUCUCAUCGGCGUCCAGGGCCUCACUCAGGAGGAGCUCUUCCUAUGGCUCCCCGUCAAAGAUAUCAUCGUCGACGAUCCCAAAUCCGGCCUCAUCCUCUUCGACAUUGGCGUCGCUCAUAAGCAACUCGCUCUCUCUCUCUUUGAAGAUCCCCCCAGUUGUAACCCUCACCCCAAAGGGGAUUUGAGGAGGAAUCGUGUGAGGAAGGAGAAAGGAUUUGAAGCUAUGAAAUAGAAAGGGAAAUGAAAAUGCCAAAAUUCUGCUGCAAAAUUUUGUUUUCUUUUUUAUUUUAUUUUAUUUUUGGUUUUGCUCCCCAAUGCCUAUAACUAAAUUAGUUCUAAUAAUAGUUAAUACUGUUAUACGAGUUA